GUCUGUUGAACUUACAUAUAUACAACUCUCUUUCUCUAUAAACGUGAACUUAUGUAUUCAGAACAGUACAAGUCUGAUCUAACUUUAGAAAUUGAUUUUGUAUCCAAAUAGCGCUACUACAAAGUAGAUAAUUUAUAUAUAUCUAAAAAUAAUAGUUUAUGCAUUAAACCAAUUGAAGAAAGGAAAUAUGCAAACAGUGCGAUUGUUAUCAGGGUAUGACAUGCCUACUGUGGGUUUGGGUACAUGGCAGGCUAAACCUGAAGAAAUUGAAAAAGUUGUGAUAGCUGCUCUAGAUGCUGGCUAUAGACACAUUGAUACUGCAUUUAAUUAUAAUAAUGAAGAAGCAAUAGGAGCAGUAUUAAAAGAAUGGUUUAGAAAAGGUGGGAAGCGCGAAGAUCUUUUUAUUACUUCAAAGUUACCUAAUUUUGGUAAUCGACCAUCAGAUGUAGAGAAGUUUAUUAAUUUAUCACUGAAAAGACUUGGUUUGGAUUAUUUGGAUAUGUAUUUAAUCCACAUGCCUUUUGCCUUUAAAUUAGAUGAAAGUACUUGUACCUCAGCGAUUAAUGAAGAUGGAAGUUUUAUGUUGGAUCUUGAUACAGAUCCUGUUUCAGUGUGGAAGGAAAUGGAAGAACAAGUAAGAAAAGGUCGUACAAAGUCUAUAGGUUUAAGUAACUUUAAUGAAAAACAAAUUUUAAAUAUAUGGGAGAAUGCACAAAUUAAGCCAAGUAACUUACAAGUGGAAUUACAUGCAUAUCUGCAACAAAAUUCGCUACGGCAAUUGUGUCAAACGCACAAUAUCAUUAUAACAGCCUACAGCCCCUUGGGAUCACCAGGAGCUAAAACGCAUUUUCAAACGAAAUAUAAUCAUAAUGUUGAAGACUUUCCAGAUGUUCUGGGACAUCCAAUAGUACAAAAAAUAAGCGCAGAACAUAAACGAUCACCAGCACAAGUUUUACUACGUUACUCAUUACAAUUAAAUGUUGUUGUAAUUCCAAAAAGUAAAUCUCCCGAGAGAGUUAAGGCAAAUAUUGAUUUAUUUAGUUUUUCAUUAAAUGAAGAAGAAAUGAAAAUUUUGAGUACCUUAGACAAAGGUGUACGUGGAAGAAUUUUUAAUUUCUUGUUUUUUAAGGGGGUCGAGAAUCAUCCACAUUAUCCAUUCAAGGAUGAAUUACAGUCCUAAAUAAAAAAAGAGAUUAUUAAGGUGUAGUUCGAACGUAUGCAUAUUUAUACAUUGAAAAUACUUGAAAUAUAGUACAAAAUGAAAACAUAUAUAUAAAGCGAAUAAAUAUAUAAUACAAAAUGCAAAGAAAAAUGUUAUUACAUUUCAGUGUAAUCUGUACAACAUUUUACGUUGCAUACGAUGCUGAAGUUCUCCACGUCGUAUCAUUGUGUGUAUAACUUUGUAAAUAGCACGUUCUGGAUAUGCUUGUUUUACAAAAUCUUUAACAAUAUUUUGCUCUGACACUUGAUUUCCAAUAGGAAAUCUACGUUUCAAUUGUUUUUCGAUACGUGAUAACAUUUCAUGAUCUUCAUCCGAGAUUACCAGCUAAAGAUCCUGACAUUGCAGCAUCUAAAGUAGAUACUUGGAAAAGUCUAAGCGCUUCGUUCACGUGGAUUUGUGUAGCGAAAGGUUGUAAUUGCAUUUUAGCUAAAGAUUCUGAAAUUCUUAUAACAGCUUCCAAUUGACGAACUGUUAUGGGAAUAGAUAAUCUCUUUUCCAUAUCUUUCUCAUGUUCUCUGGUACUAGCUCGCAUUACAACAUAACGAUGUUUUAAUUUCUCUCCCGCCUCUUUACUAAGUCUUGGACCACAACGACUAUAAAGGUAUAUCAAUUAAUGACAAAUAAAUAAAAUAUUUU